UAAUAAUCUCCUUCCUCCUCCAUACUCCCCUUCUUGUCCACUCCUUGCUUCUAUUCCCUUCUCUUUUCCACUGAAUUACUCGCAGAAAGAGGAAGAAGGAAGGGCGAGCUUCUUCGACGGCCCAUUCCUUCUGCAGGGAUCGCUUUGCUUUCCUUGCUUCCCAAGUAAACGGAAAAUUGCACAGUGGCAGUGGCCGCCAUGCAGGGCGCCACCAGAAGAAGAACCUUGGCGAGGACCGGCGUCGUCGCCGGUUCCGUAUGGGAGGCCAGGAUGAGGGUCGACGCCGUCAACGGCGGCGUCAAGGUCUUCAACGCUGACGGCGGCGACGGCGACGGCGACGAAGAGGGAAUGCGGGUCUACCGGCGGCUGCGACGGAACCAGAGCGACAGCAUCGCGUCCUCGAGGAAGAGGAGGAACUGGACGGCACCUCAGGUCGAGGGAAGAAGCCCCAUUCAGUUGCGCAAGUCGAGGGAGGCGAAGGUGCUGGCGAUUGGAGAGGGCGGAGAGGGCACGAGCGACGGCGAUGGGGCGUCGGUGGAUAUCGGGAUCGAGGAUGAUGGGAUGAAGAGCUUUGAUGAUAAGGAGAUGGAUCUGCCAGCGGAGAAGGGGAACAGCGUCGAGGAGGAGGAGAAGACAAUUAGUCCUGUGCACGAGAUCCCGGUGCUCUCUCCUGCGAUAGAUAAGAAUCACGAUUCUCUUGUGCCACUGCCAGAUGUGGAACAGAGGAAGCAAUUGAAUAACUGGGCUACCGAUCCAGAUACCGCCGAUCCACCUGCUCCCAAACUAGGGAAAAAGUUGAAUCGUACUCUGAUUCUUCCAUCACUGGAUGCUGAAAAAAAGAUGAUGAAUCACAGGGCAAUUGAUCCAGAUCCCGUCGAGACAAAUCCUUAUGCAGGAAAGAAGAUGAAUCGCACCACAGUCAAUCCAGAUCCUGUCCAUACACCUUCUCUGGAUGGGGCAAGAGAAAUGCAAGAAGCAACCCCUAAAAACAACCACAACAGGUUGCAGAGCAUUGUGGAUUUGCUCAUGUGGAGAGAUGUACCCAAAACAGCAUUAGUUUUUGGUCUUGGAACAUUCAUUCUGGUAUCAUCUUCCUACGCCAGGGAUUUAAAUUUCAGCUUGAUUUCAGCUACUUCUUAUCUUGGUCUCAUCUUCCUUGCCUUGAUUUUCUUCUGCAAGUCCAUCUUGCGCAGAGGAGAGCUAGAGUAUGAUGAAAGGGACGAGAGGUACAUGGUGGGGGAAGAAGAUGCCAUUUGGAUCCUAAGGCUGCUUCUUCCUUACCUAAAUGAAGUAUUGUUUAAGAUGAGGGCCCUCUUCUCUGGAGACCCUGCAACUACCAUGAAGAUGGCUGUGCUGUUGUUUGCCAUGGCCAAGUGUGGAAGCUCCAUCACCAUUUGGACCAUGUCAAAGCUGAUUUUCUUUGGGGUCUUCACUGUUCCAAAAAUCUGCACUUCUUAUUCCACUCAGCUUUUGAAAUUUGGUAAAUUCUGGGUGGCGAGGUUCAGAGAUGGGUGGGAAUCAUGCACCCACAAGAAGGCCGUAACAGCCGCCGUCUUCACCCUCAUCUGGAACAUCUCCUCCACCGCGACACGCAUCUGGGCGGCAGUGUUCAUGCUGGUUGUGGCCUUAAAGCUCUACCAACAGCGUCUAUCAGAGGACUGGGGCAAUCAGGAAGGAGAGGUGGUGGUGGAAAAUCUAGCAAUGGCACAGGAGGCAGCUCCCAAACCAGGCAGGCCACAAUACAAAGGGGCCCCUAGAAGAAACGAGGCCAUGGGAGAGAACAAGCCGAAGAAGAGGAUUUAAAGUAGUAGCUGGAGCUGAACAUCAUACUUUGCUUUGAGGUCCCUCUCUAGAUAAAGAAGAACGUUGCAAAAGAGGAACGUGACAAAGGUGGCAAUUUCUAUCUGUUUUUCCCAUCUUGUCGUUUUCUAUUUGGAAUAACAAUAAUUGAUUCUGUGACUUCUCUGUAGCGUUAGGAGUAGCAUUUAGAAAUGUUCACUAAGGAAGCUUCCAUGUAGUCUGGGUUUCAAUAUUUUUUGUAACAAACGAUUGGUCUAAGUUGUUCUUAAAUAUAUUAUAUUGUUUUAAAAUUA